ACUGAGCGUUUUUUGCCGUGCACCACCUCUAUAUGGGACCAGCUCUCCACAAAAGUAUUUUCCAACGAAAUCAACUUAAAGUCCUUUAAGAAAACAGCGUACCAAUUCUAAAAAGGCCGGUACUUGCGAGCCCUCAAUCAGGUGAGCCUCCUACCAGUUUGCCCCUGCUACAUAUUAUUCAGUCAAAAUAAUGCAUUACAUUACUAACAUUUGGUUAAGACUAAAUCUUCAUGUAUAAUUUCCCCGAUUCGGCUCUGUUUCAAUUAUUAUCGGAAUUGAUGUCAGUCGACUAGAUAAAUAGAAGAUCAUGAUCAAAACUUCGCAUGUUAUAGACUGUCACGAUGUCUUAUUACACAAAGAAUAAAACGUCAGAAUUUAUUGCUCAGUUGAGCAGACUUCAAUUCAUGUGUGGCCUAACUUACGUAUGGGUUGACAACAAUAAAUCGAGAUUUUUCGUUUACUUCAACAAAGUAGCCACAAUACUCCUAUAUUCUUUUAUUCUUUCCGAAAUCGCGUCACUCUUCACCCAAACACAAUUAUCUGAGAAGCAGGCGUCCGAUCAGAUUCUAUUUGUAAUUUCUCACCCUGUGCUCAUGUCAUAUUCACUAAGCUGCGUAUAUUACGGAGAAGACAUAAAGAAGCUCUUAUUCAAGCUCUCGGUCGAUCUUAAAGGGCGUUACAAUGAUCUAGAAAUCGAGAAUGAGAUGAUAAGAAAAGCUAAACUGUACUCAGUCUUAUAUGUGAUGACAUUAAGUGCUGCUUUAUUUUUUUAUGCGUUUGAUGCAGUAUCGCAAGUUAUUAGAACGGAUGGUACUUUUACAACAAUUAUAAUGGCUUGGCCUGACGUCAAAGAAAAGGGCUUUCUCCCUGACGUGGUCAGAGUAGGAGCCUAUCUCAUAUGGUGGAUUUUCAUGAUCAGAGCUUCUGCAGUUUACGUUUUCGUAAUUACCUUGACUAUUGUACUGAGCCAUCAGUACAAAAACUUACAAAGUUAUUUCUAUAAUCUCGAAGAGGUUUUUAUAACAAAUAAUGAGAGCCGUGAUGAAAAAGAGAAGGAAUAUGAAAGUGGUUUGAAAAUUGGUAUUGCUUUACACGCCGAAACUAUGUGGUGUGUGAAAGAAUGCCAAAGAAUUUGUAGUUGGGUGUUCAGUGGCCAGAUUACUAUUAACAUAACUGUAUUUUGCAUGCUCAUGUUACAAAUGGUGAAUUCGGAGCGAACUUUGGUAAACGCUUUAGCGACGCUGUCCACUAGUCUCUCCCUCCUUGUCAGCACUGGGUUCUUUAUGUGUAACGCUGGAGAUGUAACUGUUGAGGCAUCAAUUUUACCAACCGCAAUAUUCUUUUCGGGCUGGCAUCACUGCCGCGGUAAAUCAUCUAUACGCGUGAGGAAGCUGAUUACAUUUGCUAUUGCGCAAAGUCAGAAACCAAUCGCGAUGCGCAGCUUCAAUGUUAUAGAACUGUCUUACAGAUCUUAUGUUUCGAUAGUGAAAUCAUCAUACUCCGUAUUUUCAAUCUUGUAUUGAAUUCUCUCCUGGGACUGGUAAAAUCCUGGGAUUCCUCGUGGUUCAUAUAAUAUAUUUUUAGCUAUUCGUUUAUAGAGUAAUAUUUAAAUUGUAUGAAAAGAGAUAAAAGCACGCAUAAAUUCACAUUUUACAAAG